AUGGGCGCCCUCGCAGCAUGUACAGCCGUUACUGUCACCAACCCGUUCGAGGUCGUCAAGACGAGGAUGCAGCUACAUGGAGAGCUUGGGACGCGUGGGCAGAGUCAGAGCCCCUUCCGAGUGUUUGGGCAAACGCUUAAGCAUGAGGGUGUGAGGGGCAUUCAGAGGGGGCUGGGACCGGCGUACAUCUACCAGAUCCUGCUCAACGGAUCACGGUUGGGCUUCUACGAGCCGUUUCGCACAAGCUACAAUAAGCUGACUGGCAGAAGAAAAGAGGAAGUGUGGGCGCUGGGUAGUCUCGCUGCGGGAGCAAGCUCCGGAGUCGUAGGAGCCGUCUUUGGCAAUCCCUUCUUCCUGGUAAAGGCUCGUCUUCAAGCUUACUCGCCCUCUCUUGACCCUUCACAAGCGCGCCACCACUACACCUCGACGCUCAACGGUCUCUCCACCAUCGUCAAGAAGGAGGGCGUACGCGGUCUCUGGCGAGGAUGGGACGCUGCUGUUCUCCGCACAGCAAUGGGCUCGACCGUUCAACUCCCCGCUUACAACCUCGCGAAGACGUACCUGAGCAAUCUGAAGCCAGAGGACACAUUCGCAUACAACCCGGCCCUGCUGAUUGCUGGGAGGCCGAAUAACUUCCUCACCUACCUGAGCAGCAGUAUUUUCUCUGGGCUGUGCGUUUGCGCAGUCAUGCAGCCGGCGGAUACGGCCUUGACGAGGAUGUACAACCAGCCAGUCAAUGUGCUGCCCAACGGGAAGACGGUGGGAGCUCUUUACAGAGGGCCAUUGCACUGUCUCUACCUUACGGCGAAGGCGGAGGGGCCCUUGGCGUGGUACAAGGGCACGACCGCCCAUCUGGCCCGCAUUGCGCCGCACACGGUCCUGACGCUUGUAAUGAACGAGGUCUACCUGAGAUGGUACACACAAGCAAAGAGUGGAUAA